AUAAGAGGAGGUAAUAACCUAGAGCUGGAAGAGGCUUUGGCCGCGAAGAUGUGCAUACAAAUUGCAGCUCAACAUCAGUUGGGAGUGCCUACCCUCGAAGUAGACUGCAUGAAUCUUGUGAAGAGUCUUAUUGUGGAGCACAAAAUUCAAACUGAAGUGGGAGUAGUGUGUCGCAAGAUUAGGAAAGUUUUGUUGGAGGCAGGAGGAGUGGACUGGAAGUACGCUAGUCGGAAGGCAAAUGAAGCAGCACAUGUUAUGGAUCAUACGAGAACUAGUUGGGAUGAGGUUGUUAUAUGGUUUGAUAGACCACCUGUUUUUCUGCUUGAUCAGCUGCAGCUGGAUGAUGUAACAGUGUUUAGUUGAUUAAUAAAGCUUUGCGCAGAUU